GAUCUAAAACAACUGCGCAAAGUGUUUUAUAUCAUUAUCAUGCUAUACUUUUAUCUAUGUACAGUCUGUACAAUUCCAGAGCGGAAGUAAUUGGACUCAACGCUUGUUCCUGUUUCCUUCUCACUCUCUCCGAUCGCCGGCCCCGCAAUUUUCAGAUUCCAGUAUCCGCCGGCGAGAUCUCCGACUAGGUGAUCAAACUUGAGAUAGAAUCUUCAUGGGGACCGAAAAUCCUAACCGUCCAAAUUAUCCAUUGAGACCAGCUGCAUCACCCUUUGCUGCUCAGCAAAGUACGACACCUUUUUUGCCAUCUGGUCCUGUGCCUGGAUCAGAAGCAUCUGCCUUCAGGCCUGCACCUCCUGCUUCAUCUCAGUUUCCAACACCUCCCUUUCCCACUGGACCUUUGGUUGGAUCAGAGCCCCCUGCCUUCAGACCUCCGCCGUCAAGUAGAUCUAAUGACCUGGUUAGGCCACCUCCGUCAUAUGGGUCACCAACAUCAGGAUUUCAGCGCUUCCCAACACCCCCAUUGACCUCAACCGGUCAAGUACCACCUCCACGCACCUCGCUUGCAGGUCAAGCUGUUGUACCUCCACCAACCAGACCUUCUCCAGGUCCCGUUUCUCUUCUUUCACAGCCCCAACCACCAUCAGUACCCAUGGGAACUCCUCCUCAAAGCAUUAAAACUGGACAAUCCAAUCCGAAUGUUCCUUUGCCUGCUGACCAGCACUUCUCGACUUCCAGGCCAAACACCCAACCUUCUUCACCACCAAUGGGGCCAUCUUAUGCAACUCCCAGGGGUACCUUUCAGCCAGCCUUUCCAGGGUAUACUAACACACAACCAAAUUCUGUUGCUCAAGCUCCACCUACGCAUCCUGCCUCCUUCCCAUUACAACAUGGGGGCUACGCUCCACCAUCUACAACUCCUUUUCUUGCUCAACAAAGAGGUUAUGUUCCUGGUCCACCUACGUCAACUCCUUCAGGCCUUUAUUCGGGGAACCAAGUUCAGCAACAUGGCAUGGCACCUCCUAUUGCUACUUCACAGACCUUGGCAGAAGAUUUUAGUUCACUUUCUCUUGGAUCUGUACCUGGAUCAUUUGAUGCAGGACUGGAUGCUGCAGCCUUACCAAGGCCAUUGGAUGGUGAUGUGGAACCAAAGUCUUUUGCUGAGAUGUACCCAAUGAAUUGUAGUUCUAGAUUCUUGCGACUCACAACAAGUGGCGUACCAAAUUCUCAGUCCUUGGCAUCCCGGUGGCAUUUGCCUUUGGGAGCAGUUGUUUGCCCUCUGGCAGAAGCCCCUGCUGGGGAAGAAGUUCCAGUAAUUAAUUUUGCCACGACAGGCAUCAUUAGAUGUAGAAGGUGCCGCACUUACGUCAAUCCUUACGUCACAUUCACGGACAACGGAAGAAAGUGGAGAUGCAAUAUAUGUUCAUUACUUAAUGAUGUUCCAAGCGAGUAUUUCGCGCACGUGGAUGCUACUGGCAGAAGGGUUGAUUUGGAUCAAAGGCCUGAGCUUACAAAGGGUAGUGUUGAAUUCCUGUACAUGGCCCGUCCUCCAAUGCCGCCAUUGUACUUUUUCCUCAUCGAUGUAUCAAUAACUGCAGUUCAGAGCGGAAUGCUAGAGGUUAUGGCACAAACUAUCAAGUCUUGUUUGGAUAGCUUGCCUGGUUCAACUCGAACUCAGAUUGGCUUCAUAACUUAUGAUAGUACCAUACAUUUCUACAACAUGAAAUCAUCAUUGACACAGCCUCAGAUGAUGGUCGUCUCCGAUUUGGAUGAUAUAUUUGUUCCAUUGCCAGAUGACCUUCUAGUCAAUUUGUCAGAAUCUAGAAGUGUGGUGGAGGCAUUCCUUGAUAGUUUGCCCUCCAUGUUCCAGGAGAACACGAAUGUGGAGUCUGCAUUUGGUCCAGCUCUUAAAGCUGCAUUCAUGGUUAUGAGCCAACUUGGUGGUAAAUUGCUGAUUUUCCAGAAUACUCUGCCAUCACUUGGUGUUGGCCGCCUUAGGCUGCGUGGAGAUGAUAUUCGGGUUUAUGGGACAGACAAGGAGCAUAUGUUACGAGUACCAGAAGAUCCAUUUUAUAAACAGAUGGCCGCUGAUUUUACCAAGUAUCAGAUAGCUGUGAAUGUAUAUGCUUUUAGUGAUAAGUACACAGAUAUAGCAUCCUUAGGAACUCUAGCAAAAUAUACUGGUGGUCAGGUGUAUUAUUAUCCAAGUUUCCAGUCCAGUAUUCACAAAGAUAAGUUGAGACAUGAGCUGGCCAGAGAUCUCACUAGAGAGACUGCAUGGGAAGCAGUCAUGCGUAUAAGAUGUGGAAAAGGGGUGCGUUUCACAUCUUAUCAUGGAAACUUUAUGCUAAGAUCCACAGACUUACUUGCACUUCCCGCUGUUGACUGUGAUAAAGCUUAUGCAGCGCAGUUGUCUCUUGAAGAGACCCUGUUGACCACGCAGACUGUGUACUUCCAAGUUGCUUUGCUAUAUACUUCUUCUUCUGGAGAAAGGCGUAUCAGGGUACACACGGCAGCUGCUCCAGUUGUUGCAGAUCUAGGAGAAAUGUACCGCCUGGCUGACACUGGAGCAAUUAUUUCUUUGUUUUCCAGGCUAGCAAUUGAGAAAACUUUGUCCUCCAAGUUGGAAGAUGCUCGGAAUGCCGUUCAACUUCGGAUUGUCAAAGCCCUGAGAGAAUACAGAAACCUGUAUGCUGUUCAGCAUCGCUUGAGUGGAAGGAUGAUUUACCCUGAAUCACUAAAAUUCUUACCGUUGUAUGGAUUAGCAUUAUGUAAAUCAACACCCCUCCGUGGUGGCUAUGCUGAUGCCCAGCCCGAUGAACGCUGUGCAGCUGGUUAUACCAUGAUGGCUUUACCUGUUAAAAGUUUGCUGAAACUUCUUUACCCUGACCUGGUUCGUGUGGAUGACUAUCUUGUAAAAAUAUCUUCACAGGCUGAAGAGCUUGACAACAUCAGAAAAAGGCUACCACUUACUGCACAGAGCUUAGAUACCAGAGGUCUCUAUAUCCUUGACGAUGGUUUCAGGUUUGUCAUAUGGUUUGGCAGAUCUAUUUCACCUGAUAUAACGAGGAAUUUGCUUGGGGAAGAGUUCAUCACAGACUACUCAAAGGUUAGCCUUUCACAGCGAGACAAUGAAAUGUCAAGGAAGCUGAUGAAGUUACUUGAUAGAUUUAGGGAGAGUGACCCGUCAUAUUUUCAACUAUGCCAUCUUGUGAGGCAAGGUGAACAACCAAGGGAAGGCUUCUUCCUACUCACAAAUCUAGUUGAGGACCAGAUUGGUGGUGCAAAUGGCUAUGCUGACUGGAUGAUGCUACUAUUCCGUCAAAUUCAACAAAAUGCAUAAUAUAUAGGCAGUUGAUGUUAUGGCCAAGUAAGAAUUUUGAAGAAAACUGCAGCUGGUGAUCAAAUUUGAGAAUUCCAAAUUCACGAACUAAGAGGUUUUGAUGCAAACAUAAGAUAUAGGUUGAUGAUGAGACUGGAGGAUUCUACAUGCGUCUUUAAAUGGCGAAUCGCCAGAUAAAGCUGUAUUCCAAAGAAAAAAGUCCCAGACUGAUGGUUCAUUGGAUCUCAAUUAGAAGGGAAUUCAAAGAGGGCCAGCAUCCCCUUUGGUUCAUAUCGUAUCUUAUGGUGCAGGGAUAUACAGACUGCUUAAAAUAAGAGAACCCAUAGAUCACAUUCAUGAUGGACUAUUUUUGGUUUGAACUUUUUUGGGUUUAUAGCUUAUGAUAAUUAUUGCUGUAUUCGCAUGGCAUGAUUUCUUUUUGGAAUCGUUGGCACUUUCAGUUGUGGAUCUUUUUAGGCUGUGUAUUUAGAGGUAGACACUCGAGAAUAUUCUUUUUUGUAUUUGGGGGGUGCUCCCCUGCAGUGAAUUUUUCCUCUUGUUACCAUUU